UCAGCCCGCUAUAACCUAAAAAAUGCUUCCCCUUGGCCCCUCGACCUCACCUCCCUCAAAUUCCACCGCCGCAAGGAAGCCUUCCGGCCAUCCCCACCUCUCUAUCCCUCCAUCCAUCUGACAUCUCCCUCUAGUCUCCAUCACGUUUCUUUCUUCUCGACGCCGGCCAGAGCAGGGGAGCGGAGACGGAAGAGAGGCAGCAAAGCUGGAGAAGUUGAUCAAUGAGUAAAGAGCGGGGAGGAUGAACGUCGUCGCUGGAUUCGCCGGGGCUUGUGCUGGCUAAAUCGACGAUCGACGAGAGCUUCGACGGAUUCUGCUUUCAGAGCUCGUCUCUCUCCUUGAUUUUUUCCAAUUUCCUGAUUUUUUUUAAUUAAAAUUACCAGCCGAUGCGCAAAAAUCGGGUAAGUGGCUCGAUUAGUUAACCGCCUUGGCCGCUUGCUAGCCGUUAUAUAAAACCGUAGCGGUUUUUUGACUGUGCCGAGCUGGUUUGACAACCGGGUAGCGGUUUUACCAGUCAGACCGACCGGCUCGGCUCGGUCUUAAUAACACCGCUUUUUGGUAUACUCUGAGUCGGGUUAAAGGAGCGAGUCGGGUCGGGUGAGUUUUUCAAAGAGUUCUUGUUAAUCCACUGGAUUUCUUUUCCCCACAAUAAUCUCAAGGUCCGUAGUCUAGAAAGCCCUCCAGGCAGCAGACGCGGGAAGAACCUUCGGCAGCCGAAGAACUGCUAGCAGACACGAAACUGGUUCGCCAGAAAAUCUCAACCGAAGCUGUUUCGCCGUUAAGUAUCUGUGCAAAAUCGUUAUCCCAUACGACGGACAGGUGCUCGACGAAAUGCCACAGAGAAUAGUUUGAAGUCUGGUGAAGUACGCGACACUCUUCUCACCCAGCUUCAAGAUUUGCCAGGUGUUAAAUUAGAAGGCUACUCACCAUGGCGGACUUAGCCUCUUUUGCGACUAUCUCGAGUUGUUGCUCAGCAUCUUCUGCGAUUGCCUCUCGAGGUCACUCUUCUCCUUCUUCCUUCAUCCCCUUGGGCCGUUCCCCUCGCUAUCUCAGCGUUUCCCCUCACUUCAAAGCUUACUUGGCAGUAAAUGCAAUUAGGCCGCGGAAAUUCUCUAUUGUUGCUGUUGCCCGAAGUGCAACAACGGUGCCUAGCGAUGAGAAGUCACCAUCGUCCAAUUCUUCGCAACCUGCUUCUGUCGUUGAGCCUGAACAAGCGAGCCAGGAACAGGAGGUUAUAGAUGUGUUGGAGUACGAUGAAGGUCGGAUUCGAGUUUGUGACAAGCUAAUCGAAGUCUUCAUGGUGGACAAGACCACUCCAACUGAUUGGAGAAGGUUGCUCGCGUUUAGUAGGGAAUGGGACGGUCUCCGUCCUCAUUUCUACAGGCGUUGCCAGGAACGAGCUGACAAUGAGACUGACCCUGGGAUGAAGCAUAGUUUACUCAGGCUUUCAAGGAAGCUUAAAGAGGUUGAUGAAGAUGUGCAGCGGCAUAAUGAGCUUCUGGAAGCCAUCAGGAAGGCACCUGCUGAGCUUGGUGAGAUUGUUUCUAGGCGGCGGAAGGAUUUCACUCAAGAAUUUUUUGUGCAUCUGUAUACUGUGGCACAGUCAUAUAAGGACGACAAAGCUGAACAGAAUGCCUUGGCGAAACUGGGAAAUGACUGUGUAGCUGUUGUACAAGCCUAUGAUAAUGCAACAGAGGAUACCAAAGCAGUAAAUGCAGCAGAGCUGAAGUUGCAAGACAUUAUCAAUUCACCUUCUCUAGAUGCUGCAUGCCGGAAAAUAGAUGAUUUGGCACAAAAAAAUCAACUGGAUUCAGCAUUGGUAUUGAUGCUCACUAAAGCCUGGUCAGAUGCUAAGGAGACCAAUAUGACUAAAGAUGAGGUAAAAGACAUACUGUAUCAUCUGUACAAGACAGCAGUGGGUAAUCUUCAGAGGCUCAUGCCAAAGGAAAUAAGAAUAGUGAAGCAUCUUCUCACAAUCGAGGAUCCAGAGGAACGAUUAUCCAACUUAAACGAUGCAUUCACUCCCGGGGAAGAACUUGAAGGAGGCAAUGUAGAUUGCCUGUACACUUGCUGUCAAUGCAGGACACCGGAAAAGCUCCAUACGUGGAUGAAGGCAGUGGUGGAUGCUUACCAUCACAGCCGGGAAGGUACUCUCAUUAGGGAAGCUAGGGAUCUGAUGAACCCUAAGAUAAUUAAGAAGCUGGAGGAGCUGAUUAAGCUAGUCGAAGAUCAUUUCAUGUAAUGCGAAGCUGGAGUCGUCCUGCUUUUGAAGAAGGCCUAGCCGUCUCCCCCGUUUGAUCUCGCCACCUCGACUUAUAAAGGUUAGUCUCUAGAUUCAUACUCUCUGUAGAAAGAUCUUAAGGAAUGACCAUUUGUUCUGUUGUUAUGUUCAAAUGAGAUUUAAAUUUCAGCUGUCCGAAUAUAUUUAUGGGAUGUAGUUAUUUUACAUAGUCAUACAAAACUCAAUAUCUUCACAGCAGUCGUGCUGCUAGUUUAGUUGGAGACUCGCGCGAUGUCUCCUCUGAUUUAUGCGUUAAGACGUGGAGCGACUCUCGAGUUAAUGGUGUAAGCACUCAAUAAACGAUCGUAUCAACCUUCGACCC